AUGGCAAGUCAAAAUAAUAAAAACACAAACCUAAACGGCCCUUCUCAGGGCCACACUGAAAACGGUCCUUCUCAGGACCACACCAUUGAAGACGGAAGGAUGGGCGCUACAAGCGCUGGUAAUGAGGGAACAGCCGGCGGCGUUUCUGAACUGAACGCGACGCCUUCACGGCUACGCCUGCGGGCAUGCCGAGUCUCGCUUGAACGUCUGGACGGAGUGAUGGACACAAGUGCUCUCUCGGACAACACAGACACGGAUUCGAGCCUAUCGACCGUGAAAACGAGGUCUAGGUCUGGAUCUGAAUCCAGUUCCUCGUCGUUUGGCCGCUUCUGGGCUGAAGAGAGUCAAAAGAGGAAGCGGACAGAGCUCUCGGAGCCCAGUGACGAAGAGCCGGAGGCGAAAAAAUCUGCCGAGAAAAUCCAAACAAAGGGUAGCCCCAUAACUACUGGGAAAUUUGCGGGCUUGGGCAAGACCCGAGAAGCCUACAAAUUGGCGAAGGAAGAAUUCCGCCGGCAGGCUGCCGAAAAGGCUGAGGCGGAUUUAGAAAACAUGACCAUCCGCAUGCGGCCAACCGCGGAGCGCAGAGUUGCGCACAGUACAGAGGGAGAGAGUCAGCUUAUGUCGGCUCUAAACGUACAAGUCCUCGACAGCGUGGCUGUAAUAAACAAAGUAGUUGCUACGUCCGGGAACCUGAAAGGUACCUUUCAGCGGAAGCUAAAGGAAGCGGCCACUGCAAUAGCAGACUUUGCCGAAGUGAUGCUCGAACGCACCACCAACGAAGAGACGAAGCUGCUGCAGCGGACUGUCGCUCGACUGCAAGCGCAGCUAGCAGACCUCCAAAAGGAGCAGGAGGAACUAAGGAAGGAACUGCGACUCGCAAGAGCAGCUCCAUCCCCGCUGUCACCGGCCUCACAACAGUCGCUUGUGACUCCAUCUAGCGCUUCCCAACAGGAUGCGGAGCAAACGAUGAUGGUGAAAGUGGGGAAAAUGAUGAACGCCCGUCUGGAAGCCCUAGAGGACAGGCUUCUUCCAGCGAAGACUAUGCGGCCUCCACUGGCCGCAGAUAAGGCAAAAAAGACGGCCCAACCUCCCUCUCAGGUGGACAACAGGCAGGCUGCAGCAACAUCUCGUACAGCCCCGGCGGUUCAACCCGUCGCUGGACCUAGCGGGCUGAACAAAUCGAAGGCACCCAAUGUUCCGCAACAGUCUUCUGCUCCUGGUAGUGAGAGGAAGAAAGCGGCGACAAAAAAGGGAAAGAAGAAGGGAAAGACGGCUCAACCCGCGCCAGCACCGCGAGAGCCUCGUCCAUUACCGCCUGCUCCGGCCAACGUGGAUGAGACCUGGACAAAGGUGGUUAAGAAGGGAAAAAAUAAGAAGACAACGGCUCCGCCACCGCAGAAAGCAGCUCCUAAAAAGGCCCGCAAACUGCGACCUCCACGCUCAGCGGCGAUUGUCCUCACGCUGAAGCCGGAAGCUGAGGAGGGCAAAACUACUUAUGGGGACAUUUUAAAGGAGGCCAGGACAAAGAUUGACCUAAACGAGCUGCAGAUUCAAGGAGUUCGGUUCAAGAGGGCAGUCACGGGGGCGACCAUUAUCGAGGUCCCUGGUGCAGCCAGCGGCGAAAAAGCUGAUGCUCUCGCCGACCAAUUGAGAGAGAAACUGAAUAAAGAAGUAGUCCAAGUUUCGAGACCAACAAAAACCGCAGAAGUGCGCAUCUCAGGGCUAGAUGACUCUGUCACGCCGGAAGAGGUGAAAGAAGCCGUGGUCAAAAUGGGUGGGUGCCACAUAGACCAAAUAAAGUGUGGCGAAAUCCGUAGGGACUUCUCAGGCCUGGGUUCCAUCUGGGUUCGUUGCCCCAUUACGGUGAUUAAAAAGUUGACCGACAGUGGCCGACUACUUGUUGGAUGGGUAUCGGCAAGGGUACAACUGCUGGACCAAAAGCCCAUGCGCUGCUUCCGCUGCCUCGGAGCCGGCCACGUGCGUGCGCAGUGUAGGGCUCAAGAGGACCGGAGUGACUUAUGUUACCGCUGCGGCCAGUCCGGCCAUAAGGCGGCCACGUGCUCUGCCACGCCGCACUGCGUUAUUUGCGCGGCUGCCAAUAAAUCGGCAGGACACAUGAUUGGGAGCAAGACGUGCGCUGCUUCCAAAAUCAACAAGAAGGGAAAGAAGAAUAGCGAUGGCUUUCGAGCCCCCUCGCAAUCUGUCCACCAACCCGCCACUGAUGCGGCCGAGGACGAGCAGGCAGCGCUAAUGGAAACCACAUAA